GUCAGAGGGUGGGACAGCACAGCGUCCGUCUGCCCACGCAGCAAGACGCCGCUGUAGUCGGUCUGUCGCCAGCACACGUGUAGCUCAGCGGGGGCUCGAUGCCCGAGGCGAGCAGCAGCGCUAUGGCGGAGGCGGCGGCGCUCAGCGACGAGCCGGACCUGAGCACCUUCGAGAACAAGUCGGGCCUGGCCGAGGACAUGAAGUUCCUGGCGUCGAUGCCGGAGCUGUGCGACGUCACCUUCCUGGUGGGCGACACGCGGGAGCCCGUCUGCGCCGUCAAGGCGGUGCUGGCCGCCAGGAGCAGAGUGUUCCACAAGAUGCUGUACCAGGCGCCGAGCCCGCAGCGCAAGAAGGAGCAGGCGCCCAAGGAGAACAAGUUGCGGCUCUUCCUCAAGCGCAGCAGUGAGCCACUGCUCAACCUGCAGAACGCCGCGCAACAGGGCAACCAGCACCACACCCUCAUCAUCGAGGAGUUCGAGCCGGACGUCUUCCGUCAGCUCAUCGAGUACAUCCACACCGGCUGCGUCACGCUGCAGCCCAGGACCUUACUCGGGGUGAUGAACGCGGCUGACUACUACGGUCUGGAUGAGCUUCGGCGCGCAUGCGCGGGCUUCGUGCAGUGCUGCAUCAACGUGGACACCGUGUGCGCGCUGCUCGCGUCCGCCGAGCGCUACAUCCAGUACAAGUGCACCAAGUCGCUCGUCCAGAAGGUGCUGGAGUUCGUCGACGAACACGGGAACGAAGUGCUGAACCUCGGGUCGUUCACGCUGCUGCCGCAGCACGUGGUGCGUCUGAUCCUCGCCAGGGACGAGCUGAGAGCUGAUGAGUUCACCAAAUUCCAGGCGGCGCUGAUGUGGAGCAAGAAGUACUGCGACAACAACCCCAACACGGCGCUGAAGGACGUGAUCGGCAACUUCCUCGAGUACAUCCAGUUCCACAAGAUCCCGGCCAACGUGCUGAUGCGCGAGGUGCACCCGCUGGGCCUGGUGCCCUACAGCAUCAUCAUGAACGCGCUCGCCUACCAGGCAGACCCAACAAGUGUCGACCCCGGGAAGCUGUCCCCCAACAGAGUGAGGCGGCAGGCGCAGGGCCGCUCCAUGUCGGUCCAGUCGUCGCUGGACCCGUACGGCAGCAACACGACGCUCAGCUCCAGCGGCUCCAGCGAGAUGGCCAGCAGCGAGGGCGCCGGCACCAAGCACUCCUCCAACUGAGCGGGGCGGGGCGGGCCCCUGUCCCUCACCCUCACCCUAACCUUAACCCUACACCUCUCAACCCCGACCCUGCACCCAGCGGCCUCUACCCUACCCCUCCUCUCUGGCACUGCGCCGGUCACCAAGGGCUGUCGCGCACUUAUCCAUCUCUCUCCGUGCUUCUGGAAGCACUUAGCGAUUCUGGUACGCCGCGAACAACAAUGUGGGUCUGAGAAACCGGAAUGCCCGUCGGUGGAAGGUCGUGCGUGACUGAACAGCAUGCGUUUCUUGUAUUAUGUACUGUUAGCUGUGCUCAGAAUAGGACGAGUUUCCCUGGAAGGUACAGGUUUGGCAUAUUAAAGUGCGAACUUGCCUGGAAAAUCUUUCGGAACCUUAAGAUAGGCUGCCCAACCUACAUCAUGUGUCCGCUUUGCAAAAAAUUGUGUUAUUAAAUUUUUCAUCUUAUCCUUAGUUUUCUUUUGCCUUUGUUCCCCAUCGGCUCAGGUUCGAAAGGAUUUGGUAUGGUUAAUUCAAGGGGUAACCAAUUGCCAUCCUGUAGCUAUCCCGCUACUCAUGGGACAAAGUAUGUGUACCCAACUGUCAGCGCGUAAAAGCGAGCGAAAAUUUUCCAGAUAUCCUCUAAUCAUGUAACUGAUGCUGGACUUAGGUACCAGCCCAGUGGGCACAAAGUGGGAUGUGGGAAACCGCCUAAAUACCACAUCCACGUUUGCCAGCACACCGACACUCGUCGCUAAUCCUCCAGGUGGAUUCGAUGAGGGACAAACGCAACUCCCUGCCGUUUUUUUAAUACGCACAGUUAUUCUGCCGGGUUUGGGUUGCCUAUCUUAAGGUGGGUAAAACAUUUUCUGGACAAGUUAAAUUUUCCCCACCUGUAGAUGCACCCUGCUCCCUCCCAUUAUCCCACUGUACCUAAUCUCCAUAGACAUUAUUUUGAAGGUAAAUUUCGUGUUGCUAGGUUCUGAGAACCAACUGCAGCUUGAGCUAUGCCUCAAUAUUAAAGGUUUCCAGGACGGGACACCAAUCCAGAUCAUUCCUUUUCGCCUGAAGGGUUUCACUGUUCGAACAGCCUCACUAGAAUAUUCAGUAUUCAGACUGCCACCAAAUAUUCAAUCUGCCAGUGCUUCAGUGCGUUAAAACGGCACCUUUGGUCGGAAAGACAUGGUGGAAAACGACUUACAUAGAAUGUCUCAGACAUCAGCCUCGCAGACGUAUUGUUUGAUUGUUGAUAAAUGCACCAUAAUAAUAAUACGCAUAUCACAGGAGUUUGCAUUUCCUUGUAUUUCUACAGAAAGUAUAGGUCAUUGUUUAUGGUGACGUUCCUUUCUGAUAUAUAUAAAAAUAGAUUUUAAUCCACAUUUUGUCCGGAAACGUGCUGCUUCCUACUUAAUUUACAGCCAAAAAUGCAAGUGGCUAGGAGAACUACUGGUUGUACGUUCGCGUCAGUUGCAGUACUUUAUCGCAAAUCAAUACUACAUUUUCGCUUUGACAUCAUUCUUCCUCCCAUUGCAAACAGUAACGCAUUAUUUCCUGAACACCACUCACGUAUGUUCAGGAAGAACAACAUAACAGACGAUGUCUUCUACCGCUUUCCGUAAAAAUCAUCCAACAGCUGUCUUGUCUUUUAACACGUAAACUUUAAAAUUACCUCUUACCUCUGAUUUAAGUGACAAAGAGUACCUCAGUCUUGAAUGAUUUCCAUGUUUUACGAUACCUAUCAUCCUUAAUAUGUGCAAAAUUAUCUCAAGAAUGAUCGGAUUCCGUAUCGUAAGCUUAAUUGUAACACCAUUUUGGUUAACAAAAUUGCUAUGCAGUAGAGUUGUUGGACACAACUAAACUUUUAGUCUUAUGACACAGUUAUUCUUUGUCUCUGCCUUUCACAGCCAUCUGCGUAACACAUUAAAAAAAAAAUUAUAACUUACAUAUGGCCUGAGUCUGUUACAAGUUGUGCACUGUGCUCAUCGAAAGCCCUUGUUUUUUCUGAAUAUAUUUCAUUGUAGUUGGCACUGACAAUUAAUAAUGUCUAGCGUAAAGCUUAGUGUUACUUUCGGGCUGUAUCAGAAACAAAACAUGUUAGUAUUCUGGUAUAGACUCCCAAAACUAGCCUGACGCAGCUCUCCACAGUAAUCUAUCCCGGGCAAGCCUCUUCACUGCAUAACUGUUGCAAGUCACAUCCAUUUUAAUCUGCUUACUGUGGUCAAACCGUAGUCUUCCUUUACAAUUUUUAAUCACACCUACCAUUGCCUCUAUUAACAAAUUCAUGAUUUCCUGAUACCUUGGGAUGUGUCUCACCAACCGAUUCCUUCUUUUAGCCAAGCUGUCCCUUAAACUUUUUGUUUUCACAGUUAGAUUCAGUACUUCUUCCAUUCUUAUUGAAUCUACCUAUAUAACCUCCAGAAAUCUUCUGCUGCAGCACGUUUCUAAACCUCCUAGUCUUGUAUUGUCGGAACUGUUUAGCUUCAAAUUUCCACUUGCGGACAAUUCUACACUACACGCAAAUACCUCCAGAAAAAUAUUCAUAAUCUUUUGACUUUGUAUUAGAAGUUAACAAACUCCUCUUUUUAAGAAAACCUUUCCUUGUUAAUAACAUUCUACAUCUUACAUCCUGUCUAUUUCAGCCAUUUUCAGUGUUAUUGCUGCCCAAAUAACAGAACUCAUCUACUACUUUUCGUGUCUCAGUUACUAAUGUAACACACUCAUAACCACCUGGCCGUUGCCCCAUUGUUACUUAUCACUUUAUAACCCAUUGUCAUAUCAUCUAAGAUAUCGGAGGUUAUAGUGUUUCCACGCCUGUUGUCUGCUCCCAAGCCCCGAGGCGAUUCACUGUAUCUUGUAAAACCUAAACGCUGUUCGAAAGUAAGUUUAACUGAAAACUGUAGCUGACGUCGGAUUAUUUUUAUUAUUGCAGAGAAUAAUUCCAGAUGGAGACAAAAGUCCUCUUCGCCUUCCGCAUACGUUUUUUUCCAUAAAAACCGAUAGUGAGAUAAAAUUAAGGAAACACUUGGAAAUAUUCUUUCCGUGAGGAACGAUACUCGUGCAAUGCCCACCGAAUAACGUGAUUGAAAUUUAGAAAAGUAUGAGUGGAGAUCGUCGAUCGCUUGGAGAUUUUAUCUCCACCUGAGAGCUGCUCGAACAGUUAAACUGCUGAGGAAAGUUUUAGUCUGUUUUUGAGUCCUGCAUUAUUGUAAUCUGAUGGCAUCCUUCAUUUUGUUCCUACUCCGCACUGGUUUGAAAGGUCUUAGUUACUCAUUCUAGGGAAAUAAUGGAUAUUAAUUUUGUUAUAAAACUUAGACGUACAAGGCAUUUUUAGUAUAGUGUAACGAUUAACUUUUUACGUAUUCACAAAUGUACCGAAAACCACUUUUCUCUUUCUCUGCUAAUAUCACUUAUGUUUAGUUCGUCCUAUAAUUUCAGCCCCCUCUUUCUCCACUCCUCAUGUUAUCUUCAGCCUUGCAAACUUAAGAUCGCUUGAUUCAUCUAGAAAUAUUUCUUCGUUUGGUUACAUAGAUUUGAGAGUAUUUUAAAUAGAUUUGAGAGUAUUUGAGUGUGACAUCUCGUGCCAACUGCUGCACUUCACAAAUGAUAUAAUACGAGCAAAUUAUAGCUGCAGAAUGUUCUGUCUACUGUGUUGAUGUUUCUCUUGUCUUAUUAAACAUUGCCGUACAUAGUUUUCUAAUCUUUUCUGUUCAUCUUAACGUUUUGUUUGAUGUUUCUUAUCGAAUUUUUCUUUUUCCUCAUACUGGAGUCCCUUUGAAGUGCAAAAUAAGCAUUUACAGUUAUGGAUCCUGCAGUUAUCAUCGAGUGACCUCUACAUAAUCCACUUCCCCCAAAUUAAUGACUCUAGACUGAAAUUUCAGUGUUCCAAAUAAACUGAUUUUUUGCGUUCAUCGUAUUUCAAUAUCACUCAUUACCUUGCCAUCAAAUUUAUAUAAGAAAGUGUAGUGAUAUCAUCUGCCAUUUUCUUAAUCGCUUCACUCGAUACCCAAUGCUUAUAGGGUGUCUUACAUACUGUGUCGCAGAGUUGCCUACUCAGAAUGUUGCAGGCGAAAGUGGCAGGUUGCUCUACGCUUAUAGCGGACGUAUCAUUCUUAAAAGCGGAAACUGACACGGAUGAAAGUAUACCAUAAUGAAAGCAAAAACAUUUCAGCUAGCAGGGUAUCCAAAAUGAUUGUCUUAGUUACGAACCGCCACUGAGCACAGUAUGAAAUAAUUUCCUAGAUUUUACCAGUUUAUCUGAAAUGCGAUUUUUUUCGUUUAAGGCAUCAAUUUUACAUGUAACCUACCUGAGCAAGAAAUACAAUACUUUUUCUGUACCUUACGAGUCGUAGUUUGCAGUAGAUUAGUUUCUGUUGAUCUGUUCCGUCUGUCGUCAUCGCCUUGGAUGCAAUUCUUUACUCUUCUGUAUGGUGACUUACGAAUUCUUUCAAACACGAUCGGAUCAUCUCGCAAAAUCUGAGAUUUGGCGAGGUUGCUGGGGGAGACAUCACGUCCGUCAUAUCUCGCUGUAGGCACCUCAAAUACACUGACCGGAGUCUUACACGUGAUGAUGUCACCUCUGCACAGUAGAAGCACUGAUUGUGGAUUCGCCGGACUCAGGGUCUGAAUGGCUAACCGUAACGGUGUAGCUCGCACGUCUUUUGAAAGGAUGCCAUUUUUAAUUCUAGCAAUUUUCUUUGUGGAGGUUACGAAACACGUUUACACGAUCACUUCUCAACCAUCUGCACCGUGUGCACAUUACAACAGUCUUAAGCCUGGCGUAUCGCACCAUAUCUAUUUCCAGUUACCUUUAACAAACUCUAAAUGGUACCACAAUUAAAGUAAUAAUUUAUGUUCUACAGUGAUCAACGAGAUCUACGCCCGACACUCAAUCGCUCACCUUUGGCGUCCCUUCGCGAAUGCCACUUUGUUAUCUUGAUAAAGGGUAGGAAAGUGCUUCCUUGUUUUUAGGCCAAUCACAGUCCUCCGUUGUGUUGCCAUUAACUAUGUUGUCUUCUGGGGUCGACUAAUGACCGUCUUGUUACAUGGCUGAUGUAAUGUCACGUCACCAGGGAUGCUAUGCAGGACGCUUCCUGUCCACCAGUUUAUUUAGCGUCUCUCUCUCUCUCUCAAUCCAGUGGUAACAUACCGCCUCGCGCUGUAAUCAUAGGUAUCACUCAGUGGGUACUCCCCUAUUAACAUAAUCAUAAUUACCUGUGCAUUUCGUCGCCCUAUUUUUUGAAUCUAUCAACUGGCGUGCUGCACAGUUCUCUUUCGAGAUGACACCCGACAGAAAUAUAGAGACGAUUUAGACACAUUACCUUUAAUGCCAAGGUACAAUCCUGCGCCCUCUCUAUCUUUAACAUUCCGGGCGCGUUAAAGGGCUGACACGAACAAGAUGUGUUCGUACCCUAGCUCGCAUAUACCAUAUUCCCCAGUUACGGAAGUGGAAUUCGAGCCGAAUUAGACUGGUCUCAAUAGAAAAGUAUAUAAUUCAAAUACAUAUGUAAUAAAUAGGACAGUACACCACACAUAAGUCAGCAGCGACUUGUAAGAGCACGUUGGGAAUCAUCUCACACACGGCUCGUAUGCAGACAAACAUUUACUGGAAUGUUAUUGUCUCUGUACCAGUAUAUUUACAUCCGUGACGGAUUUCCUUCUCAAUUUUGAUACUCGCUGUAUCAUAAUGUAAUUAUUCUAUAGUCUAUCAUAGUGCGGAGAUGUCUACGAUUUAGUUAAUGGUAAUUGAGCACAGCUAUUCAGAAGUUGGAUGUGACAGUUGGAUUAAAUGUUAAAGGUGCAACAGACAUGCUGUUUACCGUUUACUAGAGGGUCAGCCGUCUUGAGAUUUCCCGAAGUUAUUGCCGCAGAAAACAAUCAGCUUUCCCGCAGGUUCGGGCGAAGCAUAUACUACAAAGAUAUUAUCUCAGCCUGCUGCACUUUAACGUUCUAGAAAUGCACAUGUUUGAUAUACGUAUAUAUUUUCUCGAAUAGUUAGCACUUACUGUUCAUCGAGAAAAUCCCGUAAAACCUCUCGAAAUUUGACAUGCUGCAAAGCAAUUCUAGUGGUUUAAUUUUCGACAGUACUUUUAUCCGCUUACGCUACAACGAAGAGAAAGAGAUCAUUGCCCUCCAACACCACUCUAGUCAUUUUGAGUAUGGCCCCUGUGUGAUGUAAUAAUUCUCUCCAGGCAUCUGUUUCUGAAGACUUCACUGCCAGUCGAAUCGAAAUGAUUGAUGAGACUGUUUCCAGCAAAUUAUUGUCUGACUAAUCAACUUCCCUCGGACAUUUUUUUCUGAAUAUAUUAAUAUAUAAUUUUGUUAUCAUUGUUUAUCUCAAACAGGAAAUUGUUUUCUGACAGUUUUCACACACAUUUUUGUGAAGAUUCUGAGUCGAAAACCUUGUCGUCACCUGAGCACAAGAAACAUACAGGGAAUGUGUAUUACGCCACGAUUCGUGUAACUGAACCACAUCUGUUUGCGGUGAAACGUAGAGUCCUUGACUGCAAAAAAAAAAAAAAAAAAAAAAAAAAAAAAAAAAAACAUUUUUGUGACUUUCUCUUAAUAAUGUCUAUGUUUCACUGAUUAUUUUGCAACCAACAUCUUACAAGGACAGUAAUCUGCUUUGUGGACUUCCAAACAAUGGUUGCGUUGUUCUGGCGCUGACAGAUUUGUUAAGCGCUGAAAAGGAUAUAUCAAGAUUAUGUUAGAGGAUAGUAUUUGAACUAAUCUUAGAGCUUAUUACAAAUUUUGGUAAGAUGAACAGUCAAUCUGUUGCAGAUAAGAGCCUCUUGCAAUAAUUUGAAAAAAUUAUCGUAUUGAGACACACAGACGAUUAACUUCGCGAAAAAAUUCCGUAGAUGUUUAGGCUAGAUUGUAUCUAAAAAUUUUUCUUUCAAAACUUCAGUCUUGAUCACACAACGUAUGCUUCAAGAACAUAGGUGACCGGUUUCUGACAUAUCACAUGACCAUCAUCAGAACCAUGGCAACCUUCGAAGAUGGUAGGUGGAGCAGUCUUCUCAGCUGCUGUGAUGUCAACCAUCUUCGAAGGUUGCCAUGGGUCUGAUGAUGGUCAUGUGAUAUGACCGAAACCGGCCACCUAUGUUCUUGAAUCAUACGUGGUGUGAUCAAGACUGAAGUUUUGAAAGAAAAAUUUUAAAAAAUUUUUGAUCACUGUUCCAAAAAUGUUUAUUGGAUUGUAUCUCUUGAUUUUAUUAUUCACUCAUAAUUUACAGCCCAUGGUGAAGAGGAUGAAUCGUAAACUACUGGCGGAAGGGUCACUAAAGGCUCAGUUUUCUAAGACAUGGAACAGAACGUUAAUGGAUGAACUACUGAAUCACAUCAUCCCAGUAGCUUGAGGCAGUGACGAAAAAUUAUGAAAUGUGGUUCUCUUAAUUAUAACAUCAACCGCAAUCUUCGUGUAUAACUUUGGACUGGACUAAAAGAACCUUACAAGUACCGGUAACGGAAUCGCACAUCUCUACAUAACAAGUAGUGUUUUCCGGGUUGCUGAUCGCAGAUGAGCAGGGGCAGGUUUCCAUCGGUGCCCGGGUCGGGUCAGCGGUCUCGCCUCUGCUGAUCGAUAGUCUCCCGCAUCCUGCGUGCCCAGGUUACGAGGAACCAUUCAGAUGCGAGCUAUCGAUCUCAAAGUCGGGCGUCGCGACCUUGCUAGCGCGUCGUCACAGUAACCUCAUAACCGUUUUCUCGCAUCACUUUCGUUGAAGCACAAUCAAAUUCGAAGACGCUAGCCUUAGGACCCGACUGCUACCGCGACACGGUGGCAGUAAGUUUUCCGUCCUCGGCGCAAGAGCAAGCCAAAAAUAAGGUUGCUUUCCCCGUACUUCCAGAGACAGCUGGUCCGUUUAUUUGCGUCCUUGUGAGGGUGGUGAUCUUUAUUCUCUUCGCAUUAUUUCGGCCACACCACCUUGCAUUUACAAAUUAGUUUUCCUGUAAUACUAGCACCACUCGUUGGUAUUCUUGUAGUGCCUAAGCACACCUUCGUCUACCCACCGAGGUUAUGUACUUACAGUUAGUAAUACUGCAGUACAAUUAGCAGUACUGUACGUUAGAUAGCGAUCAGAUGCGACAGUUUGCGUCAUUAAACGUAUCUCCAGUUCGUCGGUUUUGCAGAAUUUUAAUUAGGACGUCCGCUCCUUAGGGACUACAAAACGCCGCAAUUUUCGCGUAGUGCAGAGGACACGAUCGACAAUACUCCGGUCAAAUUACAAAUAAUUCUGUUUCUUGUCAACGAACACUGCUCUGAAGGAAAGCAAUUUCACUCAUUCCUAUAUGGUUUUUAUAAACAGUAGAUUCACUUGUUCAGAAGAGUAAUCUUCGAUACUGGUUGCUGGUAACAAAAGAAAGAUGGGAAUUUUUAACUGCUGCAUGCAUAAUACAUCCCGUUAGAAAAGAAAUUUUUAGGUGGUCAGAAGUGAUACGAUAGCUCUCUGAGAUGGGAGUUUCAAUAACUUGACCAACAUACUUUACGUGUCUUUAGAGUGUGAAAUUUAGUCUAAAUAUGUAGCAACAGACAUCCAGCAUGUUUAUUGUUGUAGUGUCGUGUGUCUUCUUUUUCAUAUACUGCUAGCUCAGUUGUGGGUUGAUAUAUUUUCAUUAGUUUUAUGUCACCUUCCUUUUUUUCCAUCUCUGACCCUUAACUAUAUUAGGAGCCAAUUGUAGUUCCCUUCCAGGACGCUACAUUGGUGAUUAUACCAAAUUCACUCCAAAGAUACAUGUCAUUGUCAUUUUUAAUUGCAUUUCGUGACGCUUCCGUAUGGUGCUACAUCACACGUGCUGAGAACGCAGCUGUAGAGUAUUAGCUGCUCUCCCCUCUCCCCAACCUCCUCCCGUCUUCCCUACAUUAAAUACAGCAUGUUUUGUUCCCAAAUUUGUUAUAGUUAGUCAAGCGCAUGAGGAGGAACGUGUUUGAGUGUUGGAAGUUUUGAUGUUUAGUCUUUAUACCUGUUUCACUCCUCUCGAAACUGUUGACAAUCUCUAUUGAUGUUAUGACACGUUGAUGUAAAUAGUGUUAUUUCAUUACGCGGCAAUACGCCGCAUUUUUAAACGCCAUCUAAUUUUAACAUAUUAGUCUAAGCUACGCGUCUGAGGUGUUACCCUGCCUCUUGUCCAACUAAAUUCAUAUCGGAAUUUAAGUCAGGAAAUCACACUAAUUUGCGUCACUGUCGUUUGCAGAGGUGGGGUAACAGCCGAGGGCGAAUUCACACUAGUGGUUGCAGUACUAGGUAUAGACACUGAAAGAUCCUUUGACACGUGGUGAUGCUAUGGGAAGAAGAAAAGUACCCUGCAGCAAAAAAGCCGCAGUACUACAAAGUCAGUGUUAGGCCACAUUGUCUGUGCCAUUUUUAUUAUUAAAAACCAAAUUAUAAUAAUUUCUUUUAACAUACUCAGUACAACGAGCGCUUCUCAACCGGUCGCUGCUGCAAACUAAAUGAUGAAUUAAGUCGAUAAUUCUAAAAAUUAAAUAUUAAAAACUAUCUACAUCGUCAGAGGAGCACACAGUGUUAGCCGAAAUCUGUUUGACGCUAUCCAUAGCUCACUGGUUAACAAACUGCUCUUCCGGCCGACGAAGUCAUAUUUUGAAACUGAAGUCGGAACAAAAAUUUGUGCUUAUAGGUUAAAUGCGUUGUGUCUCAGAACUCCCACAAAGAAGGUAUUAGAUCAUUCCGGGUUUUAAUGACCUAUAUUUUAAGGCAGAACGGAACUAUAUUUCAAACAAUAAAGUGAAAGCACUUUCUACCUCUAGAAAAUAACCAGUUAUUAUCCUAACGUGAGGGCAAAAUAGGUUGCAAUGAGUCAGAAAAGUUGAGCGGCAGAUUAAAGAAUUCUCAGUUACCCAGACUGGUUAAAAGCGCGCUUGUUGUACUUGGAGACGCCACUAGAGUAUCGUAGAUCAUGAAGGAAUAAAUAAAAUAACAUUUUAAGGACUCAAGUCAAUGACAAUAUUUCUAUUGCAGUUUUGCUAUAACGUCUGUUGAAAAUUGUUCAGAUAUACUGUGUGUGUGUGUGUGUGUGUGUGUGUGUGUGUGUGUGUGUGUGUGUGUGCGAGAGAGAGAGAGAGAGAGAGAGAGAGAGAGAGAGAGAGAGACAGAGAGACAGAGAGAGAGAGAGUGAAUAUACGUGCGUGUACGUGCGUGGGUGCGUGUGCAUGUAUAAAAUUGAUUACUUCAAGAGAUUCACAUGUCGUAUUGAAGCCUAUGAACACCAGUUUUAAUUGAUAUAUUUCCCGAGUGUUCUUAUUCACUAUCUUUGUAGAAACUUUAUAGCUCGUGGUAACAAGCAUUGAAUUAACAAGAAUAUGAUAUUCGAUGUUAACAAUCACUACAGAAAAGCCACGUGUCGAUGAGAUCCUGUUGUUAGGAUUUAUGAGAUAUUAACUUUAAACGUAAUUUUGUCUGAUAUAGGCCGUUGAAUGUUGCUUUCCCAUCACGCUUUAUGUUUAGUGAUUGUAGGAGGAAUCAGAUUUUCUUGUCUUCGUGACUUCGCCUGAGUGUGAUCUUCGGAAAUCGUAAUCGUACUGAUCUUAGAAUGCGCCAACGCGGAUACCGUAUAGUUGCAGCGACUUGGAUGGUGCAUCUGACAGCCUUUGGAGACCAUGUCCGACUAUCUAAAAAUGGCCAUGCCCUUCACCAGACCAUUUCGCAUAUCAGUUUAAAGCCAUCGCUCCAUACCUGUAAACCUUAAUGUAUAUCGACAGCCCAAGUUUCAUAACGCAGUACAGUAUCUGCUCAACAAUGUUUGUAUUAUUUUCUCAUGCGAUUAAUGUUUGCUGAUGGAAAAGAGCACACGCAUACACACACACACACACACACACACACACACACACAAAUAAACGAACACAUUCUGUACUGCAACUAUGUUUCAUAAAAAUGUACUUUUGCUUUCUAUCAGUUAAGUGGAAUGAAGCAAAUUAAAGUUCGAUCUCAGUACUGCCUAGAUCAUACAAGGAGACGCUCCUCUAACAUUUCAACUGGUGGAUAUAACUCAUUUGGCUAUCGAAGAUAACUGACAAAAGAAAAAGUCGAGAACAAUGUUAAAACACGAAUCGAUAUAAGAGAAAUAUCGGUUUUGGUAAAAGUCAUCACAUUCUCUGACAUCUGACCAGAAUUAUACUACGCCACACGCUACCAAAAUUGACUAGGAAUCGAAGAUGAAAUGGAGAAAGAGGGCGGUUAGAAUACAGACUUGUGCCCUGGGAAGACUACCAGUUGCCUCCAAGUGCUAUUAACGGUAUGUUCAAAAGGAUUAACUUAAUGAGUGUAGUAUUGCACUUACGUAGUUAUGCAUGAGCGAAAUAUUUACUAGAUAUUUUCCAAGGAAAAUCACCAAACAGCCGUAUCUUUUGAGAUUUUAUUCAGACAAACUGUUUCCGUAUCUCAGUUAUGCCAUCUUCAGACACCUAAGCACUCCAUGUAUGGACAAUCAGACAUAUCGAUACCUGCGUAACUGGAGGUAUCUGUAUCUGGAUUGCAUGAAUUCCUUUUUGGAGUGUUUACGUCGAAGACUUGAUUUUGAGUUGUUGAUAAGCCUUCCAAGUAAGCAUCCUAAAAAGUAAUUCACGGAAUCCAGAUAGAGAUAGCUCCUUUUAUGCAGGUAGCGAUAUACCUGACUGUAUACACAUGGCGUGCAUAGGGGCCUGAAGAUGGCACAAUUGAGAUGCCGAAACUGGUUGUCUAAAUCAAAUUACUUUUCAAAACAUACGGCUGUUUACCAAUUUUCCUCGAUACGUAUUUAACCACCCACUGUCCCGUAUCCACAAUGGACCAACAGAGUUAUUAGAAAGGUGGGAAUGGGAAGUCCCUAAAGGUAAGAAACCCUCAGCGUCUGCAACUCACAAAACAAAACAAAAAGUGUUCUCCCCAGUGCGUCAGAUGUGUGCUGUCUGCAGAUAAACAUUUUCAUCAGUGCUACUAAUGCAUAGAACCCCAAUGCCAUGGGCUGACAAGUCAGUGAGGAAGUAUUUCAACUCGAGCAGAUUCUGUACAGGCGCCACCCCCUUCACAGCCCCCCCCCCACCCCCCCAAGGUUGGGACCCGCCUCCCUCGCCAGUUCGGAUGAGGCCUGCCACGGCUCCCACGCUAUCCCCCGUAGCCUAGCUACUAGCUAGUAGCCAACUGGCAAGAGGAAGUCUGCCGCGGUUCCGCCAACUUCCGACCACUUUGCAAAACUUCCACGGCUUCCGUAAACUGUGCGUGUACUGAGUUAUAGAUUGGUGUACCACUUACAGUACUUCCUGGUAAUAUCCUCUCUUAUAGUCAUAAAAGUCUAAUGGUAACCGUCGGACCCGUCCAUAGUACCGUGUUUAAUGUUUUUACAAUGUUUUAUAUUUUUAUCGCAAACUGAAUAACACGUUUGAGAGGUUAGUCGAACGUGCCGUUUCCGAUAUCCUCUAUUGCACAGUGAUGUCACUGUAACUCUGCUGCUGCCAUAUGACUUCUAGCAGAAAAGAUAUUGGACUCUCCUACUUUUGUGUCGAUAGUGUUCCAUUUACAGCUUGUGCGAGAUAGGGCUGUUCGAUUGUGAUUCGCUCCUGCUUCAGUUGAUUUACCGGCAGGUCAGCUGGAUCUGGAAGCCAUCCGCAUGUACGUUACCUCUCCGCGUAAUUUUUAUCUCAGUGGCUACUGGAGCGGUUGGAUUCAGAGAACCGAUCUCACAAACAACCGAAAUCUGGUUAGACCUCAAGAACACCGCUUGAGUGGAGUACUCAGCUCACAGAACGUAUGCUCCAACGCAACAGUUAUCCAGAUCAAAAAAUUUCGCCAGCGUCACUACACUGAAUGUAAAAAUCCUUUGUAGUUUCCCUAAUGAUUGUGUGUUCUGACUGCGGUGGACGCAGUCUUUUGUGUCGUAUGUGUUCUCACAACAAGGCACCUAAAAUUUUAACAACAUCUUCACAAUACCUUAGGAGUAUUACAGACUUUAAGCUGGAAACAGAAUCACGCACAUUAACAAAACACAAAAUUUUGUAAUACACUUUCAGCUUUGUGCGUUUCGUAGUGAACCUAAUUAAGUAGCUUACUGUAACUGUAAAGGGGAAAAAAGCAUUCAUUCUGUAAUUUGGGCGUUUCGUUCAGAAUCAGCCCCUUUAGAAGUAGACACAAGCAAGACUUAAGAGAGAAGUGGACUGAUUUUUAGUGGUUGCCACACAAUCUUUUCUAAAAUAGUACACCCAAACUGCCGCUACAUUUCUUGGUGUGAUCGUAUUUCUGAUAACCCUCCGACAAUUCACUGUCAUCACUUCCUCUUGCCAGAUAUAGUUCUAAAUGUUUAACUGCUGACUGUUAGGUGCUGUUAGCUGUAAUGGAUUCUUAAAUGUUCUCUAGCAAACCAAAGAGUUUGGCCAAUACUUAAAGUAGAUAGGAAGCGAACCAUCCAGAACGCAAUGAUCUGGUGUCCACUGGGUUGCAGUCAGAAGGCGGCGGGAAUGUACUCGGACUGGGAUUCAAAGUUCAUUAGAUUCAACGUGCUAUGUAGUUUUGAACAAAAAGUGCACUUGCUGAAAGAUACCGGUAUACCAAGAAGCUUUCAUUUCCAACGCGACAGACGCACGAGCAAAGCAUUAGAGCAACGGAGUCUGUCAGACAGGAACAGAAUGGCUCUGAUUAUUGGAAGUCUGAGGAAACAUCCACAGAUUCCACGCAAAUUUAUUGGUCGUACACCUGAACUGUAAAAUUCGUAAUGAUUCAAAGAGCUUCUACUAAUUCCAGACAGCCGCAGUCCACCAUAGCACUGUGUGUUUAGAUCAACUGAAGACAUAUUUUCUUGUCAGCUAAUUAUUACUAUAGCAGUCAUAGCGGUGGGAUCGGUUGAAGACUGAGAUGCGUCACGUUAGUACUUCAGCAAUGCACGGGCAAAACCUGUGUGGUAACGCUCGCUUCUGACUGCGACCUUUAGGUAGUGGCUGACGAGACAGACACCUCAGAGCGUAGACUCCGAUUCCAGUGAACAAAAUUAAAAUGCUAUGAAAUGUGCUAUUUUUCGUAUAACAGUAUACGUAUAUUUUUGUUUGUUAUAUUUUAUAUACCUGUCAUUCUUUCUGUUUUUGCCUACUGUUGGUGUGUGUGUAAAAACAAAAUAAACUGAGGAUUU